AUGGGAAUUGAUAAAACCAAGCUUGACCUUUUGUUCAUCCUCCACGCUAAGAGAAAUGAGGCCGGACCGGACCCAGUCUCGAGCAGUGGAGAGACUGCACAGAUAUUAUCACUCAAGAGCCUUGAAGAAAGGGUGAAACGAAUCGAGGGAAAACUCGGGAUUCCCUUCGAUGAGAUAUCGAAAAAUGGAGAUAUAACAGGUGCCGGUGCAUCUGCUGCUCCAUUCCGCCAAUCUCUGAAUGAAGAAGAGAGUUCCACCACCAGGCCUGAAGUUGAGGGAAUGCAGUUUGAAUCCGCCAUCCUUGGGCCCACGGAGAGUAAACUCGAACAGGAAACAGUUGAAGAAGAAGAUAGUGAUAUGGCCGUCUUUGAAACAUACCAGCAAGUAGGGGCGGGAUUGAUGCCUAACCUGUCGGUUCUUGCUCUUGUUUGUGUAGUAUUUGCAUUAUCCAAGUAUUUCGCUUCCUCAACUUCGGCUUUCCAGGGUUCGGACACCUCUCGAGACAAAUCCCACCAGGAGUAUGUUGAAAUGGCCAGUCGCGCAUUGGCUGAGACGGGCCAUUUGGAGAAUCCCACCAUCGAAUCAAUACAGGCGGUGCUGUUAGCGGGGACCUGUCUGUUGGGGAAUACUGGUGCAAUUCGUUCGGCUCGAGUGCUAGCAGCAGCCAUGUAUAUGUCCGCCCAAGCUCUAUCCUUGCACCAAGUCGACUCCCCGAAAAACAAAAGGCUUCGCCAGAAGGGGCCAUAUAACAAGUUGGAAUUGGAGAUAAAAAGGCGGAUCUGGUGGCAUAUCGCUUCCACAGACUGGAUCUUUGCGUUUAUCUCUGGAUAUCAAACCGGGACUUACAUGGUUCAUCCUCACCAGAUGCACGUAAAUCUGCCUAGCAAUGCAGACGAUAACGAGAUAACCCCGUCCUCCUGUCCGGAUAGACCCUUGACCGAACCGUCCGAAGUGACCUAUUUCAUUUUCCGGUGUAAACUGGCCGUGCUGUUCCUUGAGUUUCUGGAAACCGUCAAUAGGAACGGGGUGGAACUAGAUGAAAUCGACUAUGACCAAGUGCUCGCAUUCGAUAAAAAGAUCGGCGACUUUCUCAAGACAUUACCGUAUUUCCUCCGAGAAGAGAAUGAGGGCAAUGAUCGUUAUGCAGAGUGGGAGAAGAGCCGUAGAGAGCUGGACAGGGAGCGGCCCUAUCUUAAAUUGCAGAGAGUGAUGGCACAGUUUGGAGCUUGCACGAGAAUAUCCCGCCUCCAUCGUCCAUAUCUUGUCCUCGGUGCCCGUGACCCGCGCUAUGCAUACUCUCGCAUGGUCUGCCUCCGGUCAGCCCGCGUGGUACUCGAGGUCGAACGGGGGAUGAGAGAAACCAUCAGCCCUGCAAGUCCAGAUCCAUCCAAAGUCUGGGCCAUCGCGUACCAGGUGUUCCUUGCUACAAUCAUCUUGGCUAUGGAUUUCCACCUCAACAGACAUGAGCCGCGUGCAGAAGAGAGGACGCAAGAAAUCCUAGAAUGCUGCCGUACGUUAGAAGAAGCAGCGUCCAGGGGUAGCAUCAUCGCCGCGCGAGGCUUGAAGAAACUCAAGGAGGUAAUGGCAAAAUGGGGUCCCCUGGCAGGCACUGAUUCCAUUUCCAACAACGGUGCUGGAAAAGAGCCAGUACUGGCACCGACCGAGUCAACGCCGGCAAAGUCUCGCGGUUAUCUGCAGGACGCAAACACGCUCCACGGCAUGGAAGGAGGAAAUGCAGGAGGCUCAUGGGCUGAUUCAUGGAAUUUCAAUGCGGUUUGGGAUUAUUCUCAAUGGGAUGGUGUAUUCCAGGACCUAGACGGCACCCAUGGCAUGUUUUGA